CAAGCAUUUGCCGGAAUCCAAAGGCAUUGGCGUGUAGACAUGAUCACUGCUGUUCUUCACCCUUGUUCUUCGGCGUCUCUCUCUCUUCCCAACCGUCCUCCUCUUAGGUUAGCUCUCUUCAUUUGUUUCUCUCUAUCUUUCUCACUGUGAUUUUUAGAGUUUCUUCUUGUUCCUCCAGGUACGCCAUCCUUGGUGCAGGUUUUGCUGGAAUCUCUGUUGCCUGGCACCUGCUUAAGGAGAGUCCAAAAGAGCUGAGAUUAAGUGUUGACGUAUAUGAUGAAGUUGGCAUAGGAGGUGGUGCUUCUGGUGUUUCUGGAGGACUCCUCCAUCCUUAUUCUCCUAAAGGAAAGCUACUUUGGCAUGGUGCUGAGUGUUGGAGAGAAUGUUUAGAGCUCUUAAAUGUGGCUGAAACAGCUGCUUCUUCUAGUUACCAAUCUACGGAGAACAGAGACUUUAGCGAGAGUUUCGGAAAUUUUAUGGUUCGAAGAAGGGGAAUCUUGAGACCAGCAACAAAUGCCAAGACUUUAGAUUUAAUGAGUGAUAAUGCUCGAAACUGUCUUGCUAGUUGUGUAGUAGAGACUAUUGACAAAGAUGGUGCACAAAAUCUCGUCCCCAAUCUAUACCUGCCUUUGAACUGCGCCUUCUAUUUUCCAGGAGCUAUGAAUGUUAAUCCGCACCGAUAUCUCCAGGCACUCUUUCUAGCAUGCCAGAGCUCAGCAAAAACAUCACUGGGAAGGAAAAACAUAACUUUGGUGAACAAGUCUAUAACUGAUGUGCUUGAACUUGAAGGAGGAUAUGAUGCAGUAGUAAUAUGUCUUGGAUCCAAGGUAGACUUUCUUCCAGGGCUUACUGGAAAGCUCCCUUUAAGGACAUGCCGAGGUGUCAUUACUCAUAUGCAGUUACACGAGAGUGCCAGAGGAAGUUACCCGGACGAUGGACCUUCGAUCUUGUCAGAUGCGUGGCUCGCGGUUCAGGGACCCCGUAAUCUGCACAUGGGAUCCACAUGGGAAUGGCAAUCAAGAAAUUAUUCAUCGGAUGUCCCAGCAGAGGAAGCUUCAAGAGCUCUCAACGAGCUUCUUCCGAAAGCAAGUGCAGUUUAUCCAGACAUAGAAAAGUGGGAAUUUGCGGGAGCAAGGGCGGGCUUGAGAGCAAUGCCACCUGUCACAAGCCAUGGAUCACUGCCGCUCUUGGGAUGUGUUAAUCAGCUCAUAGGUGCUGGUCAGUUUUGCAACUUCUGGGUAUUUUCAGGGCUCGGAUCAAGGGGACUACUCUAUCAUGCUUGGCUUGGGAAACUCAUGUCUAAAGCUGUUUUAAGUUGCAAUGAAGAAUUACUUCCUUCUGAACUAACUUCUUGGAAGAAAAACAGACAAUAAGAGUACCAUUGUUUACUUCUCAGUUCUCACUCUUGUUUGCAGCUUCAAGCUUGGAAGCUUGGUCAACACAGCAAAUCUCAAUUCAGACAAAACAAAAACUGAGUUCAGAAUAUUUUUUUAAAAAUGGUCAAUCAUCCAUAGUCUACAGAACUUUGUGGUUUAGGUACGUAAAACAGAAUAUUUUCAACAAUGGCUUGG